AAAAAGUUACUGCAGAACUUGAAAAUGAGAUCAAUCAAUAUAAUCAAAGGAAAUGGUAAAAAUAUUGCCUCUGGCUCUGUUUUUGUAUCUGAAGAGUCAACAACCGCGUUUCAGAAUUAAUAAAGAGAACCAGCGAAACAAAACAGACGUGACAGUAUCUGUUGACUCAACUCUCAAAAAACGGAAAAUCGAACGACUGGAUCUGAAUCCCACAAACAUAACUUAGACAGUCGCGAUUGUAUUAUUUUGUGUUUUUUCCAUGUUUCAGUAAAAGAUCAUUGUCGUGGACAUACUAUUGUGGCAAGCUACAUCGCAACUUAAAUCGUUGCCAUAAAAAGCUUUCUUUAAGGUUUUCGCUAAAGAGAUAAAUAAUCCCUCAGCAUAAAAUAUUCAUUUUCAAACAAAGCCCAUGCCGUCAAAAAGAUCGAUCGCCCAAAAGUUCAUUUUCGUAACAGGAAACUUAAAAUAUCCGGAAUCGACGACAUUUUGAUAACGUAAACAAAAUCGACGGAAAACAUGCUAUUUCAGUAGGCCGAUCACUUUUUUCCCACCUCGGCCUUGAAAGAGAUGAACAGUUUCAUCCCGCUGCAAGUGAAAAGGAGUCGACGAAUCCGCGCCAAGGACAGGUGAAUCAACAAGCUGUGUUAAAAAGGAAGGCAAUCAUCGGAUCACGUGACUAGGCCCAUGAUAUUGGCAUAAACUCCCGCGAAUUUCCAUUAUAUUGUAAUGUUGGUAGCGCCUCAAAGGGCAAAUGGGCGCCUAUUUCUUAGGCAAAUAAUAUUCUUUUUACGGUGGGCUACCCAGUCGCUGAGAAUUCAAUUGAUUUGGGGGAUUUGUGUAAUUACCUCGUUGGACGUAAAGCGAGCAUUUAUGGAAAACCAUCUUUCGCGCCAUCUGUGCGGUUUUCUUAGCAAAACAGAAAUUAGCGUUCAAGAAGUCAUCUUUGAUUCUGAGCUCUUCCUCGCCGGGAAAAACUGCACGGAAAAAACGAAAACUAUUUAACGAUUGAAAACUUUGUUUUGCCCGUGAAGUAAAAAAAGUAAAACGAUGGAAGCUGUUCUUAUUUCGGGUGCCCAAGGAUUAAACGCAGAGGGGCUUGAAGGAGGAGAAGGCGGCCGCAGAUAUCGACAUCAUUCAAUCGACGGCCGCUCUUGCACGUCUUCGACUUCACGGGGAAGAUACUCGCCUGAAGGAAGAUCUCCUCGAGGCCGUUUUAACAGCGAUCUCGGUACAGGCGCUUUCGAACAAGCCGCGAAAUAUUUACGUCCGGAUAAAAUAUCCGUAUAUCCGCUUCUUGCAAGAUCGACGAAAAGAGGUGGAGUACGGGUCAAAAUCAACGUCAGUGGAAUGAUUUUUGAAACCUUGGAAUCGACAUUGUCGCGCUUCCCCAAUUCCCUGUUGGGCUCGCCUAAAAAGCGCGAAAAAUACUAUGAUUCGAAGAAAAGGGAAUUUUUCUUCGACAGAAAUCGCGUGGCGUUCGAUGCCAUCUUAUAUUUUUAUCAAUCACGCGGAAAGCUGCUCAGGCCUGUAGAGAUUGACCGCAAGACCUUCUUCGACGAAAUUCAAUUUUUUCAGUUGGGAGAGGAUGUUAUUGAACGUUUUAAGACGAUGGAAAUGAACGUGGUUGAUCAAGAUUCAGGCCCGCUACCAGAGAACCCCAUCCAAAGAAAAAUAUGGCAAGUUAUGGAGUUGCCUCAUUCGUCCUUACCAGCGCAAAUAGUGGCCAUUUGGUCCGUGUUGGUAAUUUUAUUGUCCAUAGUAAUAUUUUGCAUUGAGACUCUGCCGCGCUUCCGUGAAAGUCGCAAUGACAAGAUUUCUGCACUUUACGGCUUAGAAAUUUUCUGUGUAGCCUGGUUCACUUUUGAAUAUGUUGCUCGUUUGCUGGCGGCUCCACAGAAGUUAAAGUUCGUUCGAUCGUUUCUAAACAUUAUUGACUUGAUCGCUAUAUUGCCAUAUUACAUUAUUCUGGGAUUGUCAGCUGGCGGGAGCAGUGAAACUAGCAAUACUUCUUAUGUCGCUUUCUUUCGCAUAUUACGGCUGGUUCGCGUGUUUCGAAUCUUCAAACUGUCCAGGCAUUACCGAGGAUUAAAGAUUCUCGGCAUGACAUUGAAGGCAAGUCUCCGUGAAUUACUUCUAUUGUCUUUUUUCCUACUCAUGGGAGUUAUAAUCUUUUCAAGCGGAGUUUACUACGCAGAGAGUGCUAAUUUUGGCAGCAUCCCUGAAGCAUUUUGGUGGUCUGUGGUUACUAUGACAACGGUUGGAUACGGAGACAAGGCGCCCACUACGCCAUGGGGAAAGGUGAUUGGUUCAUUGUGCGCAGUCGCAGGAGUGCUCACCCUGGCCCUGCCUGUUCCAGUGAUUGUGUCAAACUUUAGUUAUUUCUACAAUCUGGAUAAGGAGAAGAGAAGUUCAGACGACUUUGACCAAAUUCCUGUUACAUCUCAAGAACGAGUCUCAGAAACCGCUUAGGAUACGUUUCCCGCCAGAUGUUCCCGCCAAAUAGUGGCGUGAUUCUUCGUAACAGUCUACAUAGGACUCGACCCACAGCUUUACAGGCGACGCGGCAAAUAAUGUUUUAUUAAACACUCUUUGGAACUUUC